AUACCAUAAUCAAACAUCAUCAUAUUACAAACUUAUCUUUGUUCAAUAUUCAUUCAUAAUUAUUUGCAUACCACUUUCUUUCAAGUACAACUUUCUCAUUAGCAUUAAUCUUUAGUACUCAAAACUUAAGAGAUACUCUAUUUCUCUAUGGAGGGAGUCACAAAGUUAUCCGUUGAACAAAUUCAGCCCCCCACUUAUGGUAACUUAGUGACCAUUCUUAGCAUUGAUGGAGGUGGUAUUAGGGGCCUCAUCCCUGCCACAAUUAUUGAAUUUCUUGAAUCUCAGCUUCAGGAGUUGGAUGGUGAAGAUGCAAGACUUGCAGAUUACUUUGAUGUGAUAUCAGGAACAAGUACAGGAGGUCUUGUAACUGCCAUGAUAGCUGCUCCUGAUAAAAAUAACCGUCCACUUUUUGCUGCCAAAGAUAUUAAACCCUUUUACCUUGAACAUUGCCCAAAAAUUUUCCCACAACAUAGAGGGCUAGGUGGGAUAAUGUUAGCAAAGGUAGUGAGAUCACUUGGAGGACCAAAAUAUGAUGGAAAAUAUCUUCAUGAUGUUAUAAGAGAGAAACUUGGAGACAUUCGGUUGCAUGAGACCAUCACCAACAUUGUUAUUCCCACAUUCGACAUCAAGUCUUUGCAGCCAAUUAUUUUCUCAUCUUAUCAGCUUGAGAAAUCACCUUGUUUGGAUGCUAAACUCUCUGACAUAUGUAUUAGUACAUCUGCUGCACCUACUUAUCUACCUGCUUACAAUUUCACCAAUAAAGAUCCAAACAAUCAUGAAGAGGAAUUCAAUCUCAUUGAUGGUGGUGUUUGUGCAAAUAAUCCGGCUUUAGUUGCUAUGAAUGAAGUAACAAAGCAGAUAAUAAAUCAAAGUCCAGAUUUCUUUCCAAUAAAGCCCCUGGAAUAUGGUCGAUUUCUGAUUAUUUCAUUAGGAACUGGAACAGCAAAAAAUGAGGAAAAAUUUAGUGCAGAUAUAGCAGCAAAAUGGGGGUUAUUAGGUUGGCUAACAAAUAGUGGUUCUAAUCCUUUAAUCGAUGUUUUUACUCAAUCAAGUGGUGAUAUGGUUGAUUUUCAUUUAUCUUGUGUCACUCAAGCUCUUCAUUCACAGGAUAAUUACCUUCGAAUUCAGGAUGACACAUUGACCGGAGAUGUUUCUUCCGUUGACAUUGCUACGGAAGAGAAUUUGGAGAAACUGUGUGAAAUUGGCGAUAAGUUAUUGAAGAAACCUGUUUCUAGGGUUAAUUUAGAAAAUGGUCACUUUGAACCUGUGAUCGAUGGAGAAACCAAUGAACAAGCUCUUAAAAGGCUUGCAAAAACACUUUCACAAGAGAGAAGACUUCGUGACAUGAGGUCCCCACACACAAAUAAAAGCCAUUUACUUUCAGCCAUUCAUACUUAUAAUUAAAAGUGUUUGAGUGCCUCACCUUCAAUAUUAUUCAAAUAUGUUGCUUGUACAAGAAAACACAUUUGUAACAUAUGUGCUCUAAAAGUCAAUAAGAUUUAGACUGUAACAUAUUUUAUAUAUAGAUCAAAAGUUUGAUCAUUUAUUGAGUAAUGUAAUCCAAGUAGUUUAUUGUUUUAAUUUUUUGUUUCCUUCAAGUUUAUGUACCAAUUGCAUGUCAACUCAUUUGAAACAAUGUAUUAUUGCUCUCAAUUCAUUUGUUCAUAUAUUCACUAUUA